AUGUCUCUUGCCCGUGCCAUGACGAAGCGCAUGAAGCGGUCAGAAGUGCCGAAGGAACCCAUAGAGACGCGCGCUCGGAGCCAUAGUUUGAGAAGUGUGAGCAGCAACAUUGACCGUUCUCAAAUUUCUUCUCCCAUCGCUUUGGUCUCUACCACCAACAUGCUCUCCUACAACGCACCCGACAUUACUUCUCUACGGAACGUUUCGUCCAUGACUGUUCUUAGCCAAUCAUCGGCCGACGACUCGGACCAUAGUGUGUCGACACGCUCGCGCGCUUCUUCACAUGCCUCGAGGGACACGACACUGACGGAUGCCUCGUCUGUAGCAUCUUCGCCCACUUCGCCUGCGCCAAACCACCUUUCAGGAUACUUUGCAUCCCCUGGAAAGCCGCUCAAGAAGUCUUCCUCGAUUAUCAGUUUGAGGCAAGUCAAAGAGGAGGUUUCCGAAGCCGUUCCGGCCAUUCCGCAAAGAGCUCUUUCUCACAGCAAGCGUGCACACGAGAAGCUUGCCCACAAGAGGUCUCUUCAGAAUGUAAACACACGCUCCAGCACACGGACUAGCUUGACCUCACCCGUAAGCAUGGGCUCGAUGCGCCAUUCCCGCGAACAGCGAUCUUCACUCGACAUGUUCACCGGCUCCAUCCAAGAGGAGGAUUCUCACCCCUUUGGCCGCGAACUGGAACAGCUCAACGAGGUUGUUGAGGAGUUUGGCGGUGUAGUACGGGACGCCGAAGCCGAGGCGGACUUCAACGCCAUGCGCGCUAAGAAUCUCGCCGCUUAUUGCGCAGCUGACUAUCUCGCUGAGAUCCGCCCACUCUUUAGCUACCGCUUCGGAACGCCUAACCAGGCCGCUCCCAUGGCUUGGAUUUGA